AUGAGUGGUGACCAGGCGCAAUACAGCACCCUCGAGGUAGCUCACAGAGCGGCGGACACGUCCCAAAAGGAGGUCUACCACGGGCAGUCCGACCUGCCCCAAGUCGUAACGCCUCACCCAGGACACGAAUACUACAAGCCCGAGGAUCAGGCUUCCCAGGGCCAGUACCCCACCACAGGUUAUUCGGGAAAUACAGGCUCUUACUAUCAGAACUCGGAGCACGGCGGUAAUUCUCAGUACUACCAGGGAGUACCGCAGUACCCACAGGAAGGAGGCUACGGGCAGGCGUCGCCGCCGCUUCUGGAGAAGCCCAAGGGAAAGAGGAUAUGUGGCUUGGCGGCCAGGACGUUCUGGAUCAUCGCCGCCCUCGUCGGGCUGGGGCUGGUCGCGGCCAUCGUGGGCGGCGCCGUGGGCGGGACGCUGUCCAAGAACAAUAGCAAGGACAGCUCUGCGCAGCAGGACAAGGGCCAGGGCGGCGGCAGCGGACAGAACUCGACGACGACCGAGCCCAACACGGUGCUCCUCGGCGACUCGAGGAUAGCGGCCGCCAACUGGACGGACCAGGGCCAGUACGUCCACUACGCCGUCGUCACGCAGGACAAGUACAGCAACCUGCUCGGCUCCUUCUGGGACACGCAGAACCAGACCUGGAGCUCCGUCAACAUCUCGGCCAUCCUGACCAAGUCCGGGAGCCCCAUCGCCGCCAAACCGGGCACGCCCCUGGCCCUCGCCUCGACGGGGUACCCGGGCUGGCGCUUCCAGCUCAACCUCUACUACCUGACGCCGAGCAACGGCGUCGGCGAGAUCUACACGGGCGACCUGCAGGGCCGCCAGUGGGGGGUCGGCGCCCUCGUCAAGGAGGCACCCAAGGUCGCGGCCCCGGACAGCCAGCUCGCGGCGCUGUGGCACCGCUGCCCCUAUGGCUGCUCGAACCAGCUGUACAUCCUGUACGAGGACGACAAGAACGUGCUCAACCUGCUCAACUCGUCCGACUGGACGCCGACCAAGUCCAUCCUGCAGGGCCUCGACCCGAGCUCGGGGUUGGCGCUCGUCCCGUUUAUCUUUGAUGGGGGUAGCAAUGGCACCAAUGCGGCCGAGAUGCGACUCUACUUCAACUCCGGCAACGCGCUGGACGAGCUGAAAUGGAACAACAAGAAGGUGUGGGAAUCAGGCUAUCAGAUCACCAAGACCAUCAGUAAGAACCCGCCGCCCCAGUACGUGGCCACGUCGUGGGACUCGUGGCAGCAGGUCAUGGUCGUCACGCGCAACGCCAACGGCACGGUGUCGGGCCAGCGCUGGGACAAGGACAAGUGGAACACGGACGAGGCCAUCUCGCUCGCGGGCGGGCCCGGCAACGCCACCUUUAGCUACAUCGGCAUGAACGGCGAGGGCCGCUUCUACGGGCUGCUCAAGGGCGAGAUCCACGAGUACCGGUGGGACUUUGGCAACCCCUACGCCUUCAUCUACGUGGGGACGGUGCCGGUGCCGGAUCCCAAGAAGGACUCCUAG